UGGCGUCAUCGCUCUGUAUGUGCGUGUGUAGGAUGUUGUGAAAACAGAUGCCAUGUUUUUCUGCUCUGUGGUGAAAACGGGGGAUUGGCGGAAGGCCGUACAAGAGACAUGAAAACCAGAGAACUAUGGAGAGGGAUGUGUGCUGUUUGAAAGACGCAGAUGACUUGGAAGGCUUGAUGUUAAAUUCCAGAUACCGUGUGCAAACUGAGAGGACCAAAACAUUGUUUGAAGAGAUCCGUGCUUUAAUCAAGAACAGCAGUGAUGAGUAUUGUUCCUUUUGGAGGCCUGUUCUACCUUGGGGAGGUGUGUACACAAUCAGGGCUGGUCAAAAAGCAAUCUCCUGCAUUCCACUGUAUGUUAAAAUCAGUCUGAAAAACACCUGUACAAUUGAUGGCUUCCUCAUGCUCUUGUAUGUCAUUCUCCGCGACAAUCACACCUUCUGCCGGGAAGUGGGCUUAUUCUUGGGUAAGCAGUUUGUGGAAUACUUUCUGUAUCUGAUGGACUCUUAUGACUACACCACGGUCAAGAUGCUUUGGAUCUGGGACAGGAUGUCUAAGCGACAGUACCGCUCAGUGAUCAAUCAAGCAGCUCUGGAGAUUGACCUUUUUGGCAAUGAGCAUGAGAAUUUCACAAAGAACUUGGAAAACCUGAUGUCAACUAUUCAGGAGAGCUUUUGCACCAACUGGUGUUGUCCAUCCCGUUUCCAGGAGCUCCUUCAGAAGACCAUAAAUAUCAAUCCUCCACAUGAGCUUCCUGAUAGCGAUCCUAUUCAGUCUUCAGUGGAUGAGUUCUUCUGCUCAAAGAUCGUACUCUGCAAAGAAGUUGGAUCCCAGUGUAUUUGCAGUUUCAAAAUCAUCAUAAAACAACUGAAUCUUGAAAGCAUUUCUUUCUUUACAAAAAGAGGAUGGCUCUUGAUUCUGAAGAUCUCUCCUAUGUACCUUACCAUCUGGCUUUGUCAGAUCACAGAUACUCACUAGAAGGUGCCACACUCUUCAACAAGGAGGAACAUCACUACUCUGCAGCCUUCCAAAUUGAUGGUUACUGGAUGCACUAUGAUGGUCUUCGGAGCGACAACCUAAUCCUACUGAACAAGCCACCAGAGCUACUGCUCCUGUCAUCACUGGUUUAUGUCCGCGCCCCAGAUAAAUGAGAAUGGAAGAGUGUACUUGUUUGACGGGAUGGUCCUUUUUAUCUUUUUUACAACUGUCUUAUUAUGUAUUCUUUUUUUUUUUGUCUUUAAUAAUCAUUGAAUAUUAAGAUGGUUAAUUAAUUUUCAUGUAGAUAUUGUACAUUAAAUGAUUGCAAAUA